AUGAAGUAUGCGAUCAACACAUCAAAGAACAGCGACGUUACUUCUGUUGCGAUUGCAUUUAGAUGUUCAAACCAGACAGGAGUAAGGAAAGACUUCAUAUCCACAUAUAUGGACAUAUCAGGGAUACAUAUAUUUUCAGUGAACGGUUCGUGGAUAGUUUUUAUUAAUCAGAGAUGUGAGAGUGAUGUUCAUCGUUUUAGAAACAAUGUUGCACAUAGAUGCAAAGUUUGUGGAUGGGCUUUUGAAACUGCUUCUUUUGCUUUCUGUUCUAUAGAAUGCAAGUUUAGAAACACUCUUGGAUCACAACUGGAUGAGAUGAUGAAGACUUCAGAGGAUGUUGUUGAAUCCGUUGUGAAGAGAAAGCAGAGUUCAGAAAAUGUUGUUGAACCAGUUGUGAAGAGAAAACAUAGGAGGAAAGGGAUUCCAUAUAGAUCUCCGUUCCACUAGGAUUUAAACUC